AUGGUUAAGGUAUGUGCCUGUCAGUCUGUAGAUGAUGUCGAGAUGCUCAUGGCAGUAAAAUUACGCUACGUUGGUAGUGGAAUAGAAUACAGCAGUGAUACAGCACCCAGUGAUACAACACCCAGUGAUACAACACUCAGUGAUACAACACUCAGUGAUACAGCACCCAGUGACACAGCACCCAGUGACACAGCACCCAGUGAUACAACACCCAGUGAUACAACACCCAGUGAUACAACACCCAGUGAUACAGCACCCAGUGAUACAACACCCAGUGAUACAACACCCAGUGAUACAACACUCAGUGAUACAGCACCCAGUGACACAACACCCAGUGAUACAACACCCAGUGAUACAACACCCAGUGAUACAACGCCCAGUGAUACAACGCCCAGUGAUACAACACCCAGUGAUACAACACCCAGUGAUACAACACCCAGUAAUACAACACCCAGUGAUACAACACCCAGUGAUACAACGCCCAGUGAUACAACACCCAGUGAUACAACACCCAGUAAUACAACACCCAGUGAUACAACACCCAGUGAUACAACACCCAGUGAUACAACACCCAGUGAUACAACACCCAGUGAUACAACACCCAGUGAUACAACACCCAGUGAUACAACACCCAGUGAUACAACGCCCAGUGAUACAACACCCAGUGAUACAACACCCAGUGAUACAACACCCAGUGAUACAACGCCCAGUGAUACAACGCCCAGUGAUACAACACCCAGUGAUACAACACCCAGUGAUACAAUAGUGAUACAAUAG